AUGUCCGCUAUUAAGCCUACUCUGUACUCAAAGGUUCGAUCCCCUUUUUCGAUAAACGAUUUACCAGUCCUACAAGAGUGUUGGGAUGAUAUUAUAGCGCAAAUCGACGCUAAACCCGAGAUUUCGGUCGAGCAGUUGCUUGACGCGAUGAAUACCACGAACAGCAGUUUAAGUAGAAAUAUAGGCGCCGAGAUCUAUAUUCCGAAAUGUGUGCGAGAUAAAAACAAGGACAAGUCGUGCACUGCAAUAAGAUCAGAAGCCUCAGGAGAUUGCCUUUAUAGCUCUGUUUCUCUUGUAUUGGUAGCAGAAAAACCCAUUGCAAACCCAACUUUUCAGAGGAAACCUAAUGAGUCAUUUUCUUCUGCCACAUCACUAGCUGCUCACAAGUUAAAGCAGACUAGUUCUCCUACCACCUCUGCAACCACCUCUCAAAAGAAACCUAAUGAGUCUCUUUCAUCCGCCCCUUCCUUAGCUCCCCCAUCAGGGGAUUCUCUUAUUUCUACCAAACCAGAUAUUCUUUUGUCUGGUAAUGUGAAGUCAAAUUUUGUUCAUGAAUUUGAUGUUGCAUCAUACAGGGAAAGAGUCAAGGGUAUGCAUUCAUCUGAGAUUUGUAAUCUAGUUAGAAAUGUCUUCAGACCUGACAAAAAUUUUCCCUUUCCUAAGACUAAUGGUAGAAGUUUUAGAUAUAACUGGCUUGAAUUAUAUCCAAGGCUUUGCUAUUCACCGUCUCUGGAUGGUGCAUUUUGUUUGUCAUGUGUGCUAUUUCGCGAAACAUUUUCUGGUAAAGCUUCUAAGAUAAGUAGAUUGUUUUCAGAACCACUUCGCCAUUGGAAUGAUGCUGCAUUUACUUUUAAGAAACAUGCUGGCCAUGGCAAAGGAGGUGAAAUGGGGUUACAUGCUUCAACAUCUCCAAUGCUCACUGCAAUACUUGCACAAAUCUCAGGGGCUGCAGAACCAAUUGAGAUAGUUUUAGAUAAAAAUCUGAAAAAAGAGAUAGAGGAGAACAGGAGUAAACUGGCAUCAAUUGCUGAUGCUGUCCUCUUGUGUGGUCGUUUAGGUUUGCCACUACGUGGACAUUGGGAUGAUUCCAAAUAUCAUCCAGAGACAAGCCAAGAUAAAAUUAUCAAGUGCUUUGGUCAAGUUAUCUCUGAACAAAUUGUAAGUGAUAUUAAGGAAAGUAAGUUUUUUACUAUCAUUGCUGAUGAGGCUGCAGAUUCCUCACACAAGGAGCAAAUGGCCCUUGUUUUGCGUUUUGUUGACAAGAAUAUGGAUAUUAGGGAGGAGUUUAUUGCCUUCCUUCAGUGUAAGUGGGGAUUAAGUGGAGAGAAUCUUGCCAAACUUAUAUUGGAUGCCCUAAAUGAUCUUGAUUUGCCUAUUAUGGAUUGCCGGGGGCAAGGUUAUGAUGGUGCUGGUUCUGUUGCUGGUUGUGUUAAAGGUUUGGCUGCCCAAAUCUUAAAACUAAACCCCAAAGCCCUUUAUACUCACUGUUAUAGCCAUAGGUUAAAUUUGUCAGUCUGUGAUAGUUUGUCGAUUGUUGAGAUAAAGAAAAUGCUGAAACAUGUCAAAGAAGUGACAAAUUUCAUUAAUGUGUCCCAAACUCGCAACAUGCCUUUCGAGGAAACUGUUCGUAGUAGUUCUGAAACCGACUCAAAGAAAACUAGACUGCCAGAUGUUUGUCGAACAAGAUGGGUUGAACGAGUUAAGGGUCUGAGCACUUUUGAAGAACUGUUUGUUCCUGUCUAUAACUUGCUUGAUGACAUGACAAAUGGGAAGUACAAUCCUUCUUUACGUACUGAUGCAUCCCAUUUGCUGUCACUUAUUUCUAACUUUGAAUUUGUUGCCAUUUUGGUAAUUACUAGAAAUAUUAUUAAUUUAACUCUUCCUGUAACGCAACUUUUACAAGGCAAGAGUAUUGAUGUGAUGGAUGGCAUAGAGUUAAUCUCUUCUUUGAGGACCAGCGUUGUUAAUGUAAGAAAUUCUAAUGAUUCAUAUCAUGACCAAUGGUAUGAAAUUGCUCUGGCUUUAUCUGGAAAAGUUGGUGUUGAAGAAGCUAAACCAAGGACGGUUGGAAGGCAGACAACCAGAGCGAACCAUCCAUAUAAGACUAUCUCUGAGUACUACAAAAGAAUAAUCACUAUUCCUUUAAUUGAUCAUCUUUGCUCUUCUUUGGAUGAAAGAUUUGACAUUGAUAGUGUCAAUGUUUAUCUGGGGCUAAGCAUUAUUCCAACUAAGAUGUUUUCCCUGAUCCAUGAAGGAAUUGAUUGGAAGGCAAAGUUUAAGACGGUUUCUGAUUUUUAUGUUGAUGAUUUGCCUAAUCCCUUAGGUCUUGAUGCUGAGUUGUUAUUGUGGCAAACUUUCUGGGAACAACGUGUUGGCGCUCACCCUAGCAAUAUUGCUACAACUCUAAAAGCUGUAAAUUUUGAUGGUUUCGAAAAUAUUAAGGUAAUACUUCGCAUUUUAGGAACCCUUCCAAUUACGUCUUGCGAGUGUGAGCGUUCUAUUUCAGCUCUGAGGCUGCUUAAAGACUAUAAGAGAAGUACUAUGGUCGAGGAACGCCUUAACGGUCUCGCUUUGAUGAAAAUGCACCAGGAUAUCAUCCCUAAUUUAGAGGAUGUCAUUGAAAAAUUUUCUGUUCACAACACUAGGUUGAAGUUUAACUGA